AGGGGGCCGAUUCAGAUUCAGAGCAACGCACUUGCCGCGCUCGAGGCUAUAGACUUGCAGGUCGCCGAUGAAAUUAUGCAGACAGGAUGUAUAACUGGAGAUAGGAUAAAUGGUCUUGUGGACGGCAUUUCUGGUACCUGGUAUAUCAAGUUCGAUACUUUCACUCCAGCCGUUGAACGCGGCCUUCCUGUUACGAGGAUCAUAAAUCGUAUGUCGUUGCAGCAAAUAUUAGCCCGUGCUGUUGGUGAUGACGAUAUUUUAAAUGAUAGUAAAAUUGUAGAUUUUGUCGACCAUGGAAACAAGGUUACUGUGAUUCUUGAAAAUGGUCAGCAGUAUGAAGGUGAUCUUCUUGUUGGAGCAGAUGGUAUUUGGUCAAAGGUGAGGGAGAUCUUAUUUGGCUACAACGAGGCAUCGUACUCUGGAUAUACUUGCUAUACUGGAAUUGCAGAUUUUUUGCCCCCUGAUAUAGACACUGUUGGGUACCGUGUUUUUCUUGGUCACAAGCAAUAUUUUGUUUCUUUAGAUGUUGGUGCUGGAAAAAUGCAAUGGUAUGCAUUCCAUAAUGAACCACCUGGUGGCUCUGAUGUCCCAAAUGGUAAAAAGGAAACAUUGCUCAAGAUAUUUUAUGGAUGGUGUGAUAAUGUGAUUGAUUUACUAAUUGCGACCGACGAAGAAGCUAUUCUCCGACGUGAUAUUUAUGAUCGCGUCCCAAUUUUCACGUGGGGAAGAGGGCGUGCGACAUUGCUUGGGGAUUCGGUUCAUGCAAUGCAGCCAAACUUGGGCCAGGGUGGCUGUAUGGCUAUUGAGGAUAGCUAUCAGCUUGCCCUUGAGCUUGAGAAAGCAUGGAAAGAAAGCAUUAAGAGCAAAAAACCCAUGAACAUAACAGCUUCCCUAGAACAAUAUGAGAAAGAAAGAAGACUUCGUGUGGCCGUAAUAUAUGGAUUGGCAAGAAUGGCUGCUAAUAUGGCUUCUACUUACAGGCCUUAUUUGGGUGUAGGGAUCGGACCCUUUUCGUUUUUGACAAAGUUUAAAAUACCACAUCCUGGGAGAAUUGGUGGCAGACUUGUCAUCAACUAUGUGAUGCCUUUAAUGUUGAGCUGGGUCCUAGGUGGCAACAGCUCAAAGCUUGAAGGAAGAUCACCGAACUGUCGCCUGUCCGACAAGGCAAGCGACCAAUUACAGAAGUGGUUUGAAGAUGAUGAUGCCCUAGAACGAGCUCUUGGUGGAGAGUGGUAUCUAUUUCCUGUAAAUAAUGAAGAUUUACAGCCUAUUCGGUUGGUCAGAGAUGACAAGAGAUUUUAUACCAUUGGGAGUGUUUUGCAUCAUGACUCGGAGGGAACAUCAAUUCAUUUACCUUUUUCUCAGGUGCAUAAAUCCCACGCACGUAUUACAUGCAAAGAUAACAUCUUUUACUUGACUAACUUGCAGAGGCAGCAUGGCACCUGGAUCAAUGACACUGAAGGAAGAAGAUACAAAGUUCCACCAAAUUUCCCCACUCGCUUGCGCUCAUCUUUCUCAAUUCAAUUUGGUUCUGAUAAGAAGGCCGUGUUCAAGAUUAAGGUGGUGAGCACAUCUGGGGGGAGAAAAGCUGCAAUUGAAACACCAAAAUUGUCAGAUUGUUUGACAGACCAAUUCUGAUUGCUACAGCCAACGGUAACAAUAAAAAUAUAUCCGGUAAAUAAUUUGUGGUUUAUUAUUUUUUUCUACUUAAGACCAAUGAA